AUGGUACCGAAUUUAAAUAGGAAGGAAGCUGAAGUGGCAGAGGCAGAGAAAAUUAAGAGAAAACAGAGGAAAGCAGAGGAACGGUGUUUCAAUGUGCUGGUGGACGUAUCCAAGGUGAGUAUGUCUGUUAUCAAGCAGUGGAUGGUCAAGUAUCUUGAAGAGCAUUUACCCGAUGACGAUGUUGCUGUGGAAUUCAUAUAUGAGCUCUUAGUUGGGGCCGAGAAUAAUGAGCCUGAAAUCCGUGUUAUCCGCGAGCAGAUGAACGAUUUUUUGGGAAAGGACACCAGCCGGGCGUUUUGUCUCGAGCUAUGGCAGCUUCUUCUCAGCGCACAAGAAUCGCCGGAUGGCGUGCCCCAACAACUAGUAGACGAUAGGACAGCGCAGAUCGAAAAGGAUGAAAAAGCCCGUAGAGAAGCAAACCUCAUUCUUGAACUGCUUCGGCCUAAGCUCUCUUUGUCGAAAACCCGAACGAGGGUCAGUUUUAAAGAGCCGGAAUCCGAAAGAAAGAGCGCCUUGCCGUCGAAGGCUAAUCGUGUGAAUAAACCUGACAGGAAGACAAACUACAACAGGAGUUAG